AUAUUAUACGCCCUGGUCUCAUAAUGCUUGUUACAAUCCUUGUGAACUCCUCAGAGGAUUUCAGGACAGCAUUGUUAAAAGGAAAACUGAUUCUAAUGAUUAUGAUGAGGAAAAGUCAAACGUCUUAGCUAGAGAUUUUCCACAAGAUGGCUACACUAACAGGACUCUAUCUCUAUCUCAUCACCACUGCUCUCCAAAAACCCACAGUGAAGAACUGCUACAUGUUUAUCAAUCAGAAGCUAAAAUAAAACAGAAUGGGAGCGUCCCAUCAAACUAUCUAUCCCAUGUGUCUCUGAACAAAGCCCAGGAAGGAUCAGUGGACCAUUUUGUUGGAGAGUUUUUUAAAAAGUCCAAUGGCCUUGCUGUCAAUCACAAAUGGCUUUUUAAAUUGCCUCAUGAAGAUGAUGACAGCCAAUCAAAUCAUAGUCCUAAACUGAAGCCAGGUCUACCAGUGUUUAAAGAUGAAAAUCCUUACCUGUCUCAAAUACUGCAAAGCAAAAGUGACAAAUCAUCAGCUCUUAAAGACAAGGGAAAGACGGCAAAUGAUAUCUUGGGACACCAGAAAUCACCCUUCAACCCUUACUAUCAAGACAUCUCAUUUCAGCGCAAUGUCAAGCCUAUAGGUAAUAAACAACACUUACAGCAAGGCUUUAACCAACACCUUAGCCGUUUCCAGUCAGUAGGAGUUGAUGAGUGUGAUGUUUUGACAAACAUACACAAGCAGUCAUUUGGCUUGCAUCCUGAAAAGAGUUUGGGUGAAAAAUGGCAAAGCAGUGCAGGAGUGUCAACACAAAGUAUUCCAGCAUUGCUAUCUCAGAAAUUUGGAAUGAUGAUGGAUACUGGAAAAAGAGGAGGAAUGGGUAAUCAAGACGUAAAUGUGAAUGCCUUUUGUCAGCAGCCUGAGGCAUUCUCUUCACUUGUAAACCUGUCAAACAAUUACACAAACAAGAUAAACAUCCACAGAGAAAGUGUGAAAGUAAAGCAAGAUGUUCUGCAGAGCCAGAUACAGAACCACGCUAAACCACCGAGAAAGAGGAGCGUAGAAGAAAAUUUGAUGGUACACAUGCCUGUCAUUUGGGGGAAUGGGCUUUUGCCGGGUCCCCUAAACAACACUUACAUGAAUACUCAAGCUAAAGCCCUGGGAUUUUCACACAGCCCACACUUUGACCUCCAGGGAGGAUUGCAGCCACCAAGAUUUAAUGGAAAAAAUGGCAUGAUCAAACCAGGGAAUCCACAGCAGUACAUGCCUCAUAUAUAUCCAGUCAGUGACUUUAGAGGGUACCCAAGUAAUCCUGCCAUUUCUGGCUCGAGAUCUACACUGCGUCAUAGAAAUGGUGUUCCAAACAUAGAUGUUCAUGACAAGCGAACAGGGAAUAACUCUGCAGUUUUAAACUCCACCUUCCAAAUGAGGACCAAUACAGAAGAAAGUGCUUAUCAUGAAGGCUCGCCUUUGAUGAUGGUGAAUAAAGGCGGACCUGAGACGCACCUUUGUUCGUGUAUAGACGAAAGUUUCAUGCAAUGGCAGUGCUUAGAGAAGGAGAGAAAAAAAACAGAGUUUAUUCUGACAAAGACAUUUGUUGGGAAAAUGAUUUUGGCAACACCAAAUGAAACCAUGCCAAAGACUCCACCAAACCCCACAAGGGUUGACCACCUCCUUGUAAAACACGUAAGAGAGCAACUAAAGGUUGCAAGUGUCCUGAAUUGGAUGGAGAGUCUGCGAAACAGUCAGCUCCCCAUCAGUAUCAAGACGGCAUUGAAUAAACAUCGAAUGGUUAUUCGCUGGACCAACGCAAGACGUGAGGAGAUUUUGGGCACAUUUAAACAUCAGCCGCACAAGGCUCAAAUCCUGGAAGUUAGAGACAUUCUGAUGGUUAUGGCACUGAAAGACCUGGCUACUACCACCAAAAACCUCCGGACAGCCCUGUGGUGUGCACUCCAGAUGACUCUGCCAAAACCUGAGAAAAACCUAGAGGUCAGAGACUUGGUAAAGUGAAAAGAUGAAGAGGAAGAGAUUCGUGUCUGAUGAGGCUUGUGCUCAGAGUCAAAAUGGCGCCGGCGUCUCAUCUGCUGAUGGGCCAAAGUCAACCCUGCUCUACGGUAGCCGUCACUCACCCACACACAGCGCACUGCAGUCUCACACCACCUGUGUCCUCAAAAUGUCUUUGUGAUGAUCAGUCUGUCC